CGUGAUGUUUUCGCCGUGCCGCCGCCGCGGCUGCCCGGGGGAGCGCGAGUAGCCGGGCGCGGCGGGGGGACGGGGCCGGACCCGCGGCGCUCAACGGCUCCAACGGCUCUGCCAACGGCCCCACGGGCGGCCGCCUCCCCUCGCGUCCCCUCCCCUCUAUGCGCCGCCCGCCGCCGGGGGGGCUCCUCUCCCGGUGAGGCCGGCUCGCCGCCGCCCGGCCGGCAGCUAAAAUGGCGAGCGGCGUGAACGGCGCCGCCGGGGCCGAGGGGGAGUCGGGCGAGGCCGGGCGCUGCCCCUCGCCGCAGCCCCACCACCUGCUGCUGCUGCUCCGCCGCUCGCCCAGCGCCUCGCUCUGCGGGCCCCCCGAGGCCGGCGGCGGCGGCGGCGCUAGGGGCGGGCAGCCCCCCGGGAGCGCGGCCCGCGGCGGGGAGGACGUGAGGAAGUGCGGCUACCUGCGCAAGCAGAAGCACGGCCACAAGCGGUACUUCGUGCUGCGGGCCGAGAGCCGCCUGGCCCCGGCGCGCCUGGAGUACUACGACAGCGAGAAGAAGUUCAAGAGCAGCCUGCGGGCCGGCGGCGGCGCGGCGGGGCUGUGCUGCCCCCCGCCCAAGAGGGUCAUCCCCCUCUACCAGUGCUUCACCGUCAGCCGGCGGGCAGACGCCAAGCACAAGCACAUCAUCGCCCUGUACACCAAGGACGAGUAUUUCGCCAUGCUGGCGGAGAACGAGGCCGAGCAGGAGGCCUGGUACCAGGCGAUCAGCGAGCUGAUGAGCCAGAGCAAGAGGGGCUUCCUGGAGCAGGAGGAGCAGGCGGAGCAGCAGCUGGACGAGGACGACGAGCACUACGGGGCGGCCCUGAGGCCCGGCACCGUCUUCAAGGAGGUGUGGCAGGUCAACGUGAAACCCAAAGGACUGGGCCAAACGAAAAACCUGACCGGGGUGUACAGGCUGUGCCUCUCCAGCAAGGCCAUCCACCUCGUCAAGCUGAACUCAGAGGUUCCCUCCGUCCACCUGCAGCUGAUGAACAUCCGCCGCUGCGGGCACUCGGAGAACUUCUUUUUCAUUGAAGUGGGCAGGUCCGCUUCUAUUGGGCCUGGAGAGCUCUGGAUGCAAGUGGACGAUUCGGUGGUUGCCCAGAACAUGCACGAGACUUUUUUGGAGACCAUGAAAGCGUUAAAGGCCUUUGCGGAGUUCCGGCCCCGAAGCAAAAGCCAGUCUUCUGGUGGCGGUGGUGGCACCAACCCUAUCUCCUUCAUCACCACUAGGAGGCACCUGGGCAACCUGCCCCCCAGCCAGACGGGCUUGCAGAGAAGGUCUAGAACUGAGAGCGUUGUUGGAGGGACGCCUCCGACCACCAAAAGCAGCAACUCCUAUCGCUUCAGAACAUCCAGCGAGGGAGAAGGCACCAUGGCCAGGCCUUUCAGGUCAGUGACGGGGAGCCUCAUCCACCUGAAUACCGCAAGGAUGAACUUGGGCCGGCAAGAAGGGAGCGGAAGGUACGUUAGAGCCGCGUUCAGUUCGUCAUAUCACACCCGCUCUGCGUCGCUGCCCGUGUCUCACUUUCCCUCCACUACCAGUCCCAUCAGUGUUUCUUCCAGUAGCGGCCAUGGCUCUGCUUCAGAUAUGUUGACCAGGCCUUCUAGCUCCUCUGUCUGCGGUUCCCCGAGCGAUGGGGGAUUCAUCUCUUCUGAUGAGUACGGCUCCAGCCCUGGAGAUUUCAGGUACUUUCGGGUCAGGAGUAAUACACCAGAUUCCCUGGGAAACACGCCACCUAUCAGAGAGGAGAAUUGUCUGAGUGAGUACAUGUCCAUGAGUAAGCAGCAAACAGACGAUAGCUUGAGAGAUGAUUAUAUGGAGGCUGAAAAGUGUUUCAGGAAAAGAACUUACUCUCUGACUAAACCAACCUCGGUAGCAGUGCAGCAGAAAAUGACACAAACGACGGCUUCAUUAGAUGAAGACUCUGGGGGAAAUCAUGGGCGACUGAUGUACUCUGAAACACCAAAACUGAAAGGUAACCAUGAAUUGGAAUACAAUGACAGUAAUCUUGACUCUGUAUGCAACCAAAGCAGGAGUAAAGCUAGGGACGAUGGGUACAUGCCAAUGAUGCCAGGAGUUGCAUCUUCUCUGUCAAGUAGCAGUGAUUAUCUGCCAAUGACUCCUAAAAGUAUGUCUGUUCCAAAACAGAUAAACAAUUCGUGGUCACCAUCUCAGGUUGACUCCAGAGGAUAUAUGAUGAUGUUUCCAAAGGCGAGCUCUUCACCCGUACGAAGUCCUUUAACUGGAUUUAUUUCUAAAGGAAGUAAUGAGAAGAUUGUAAACAAUGAGUAUAUGGAUAUGUCUCCCGGUAAUUCCGCUCCAAAGCACCCUGGUGAUUCAAAUUACAUUCAUAACAAUUCUGUUUCCAAAGGUUUCAGUUCGUAUUUUUCUUUGCCCCGAAGCUUUAAGGCGUUAUCAGGACAAAAUGGUGACCACAGCGAAUAUGUUCCAAUGUCUUCACCUGGAAAACUCCUGUACGGUGGACCAGAAAACGUAAAAAGCAUCAACAGCGAAGUCCUGUCUAAUGGCAUCUCGAAGUCGCCAGUGGUGAAAGGUGAAGAAGGAGGACUUGUGCAGAACAGGGCUACGAGGCCAACGAGGCUCCCGCUCGGUACGAGGGGAAGCAAUACUAUCCCGAGAAUGUAUGAUCGUACAGUUCCACCUGAGCCAGCAAGUCCUGGUGAAUACAUAAAUAUCGAUUUUAAUGAAAAGGCAAGUAACACACCGUAUUCCUUAUCUGCAGAGGGAUCGCCAUCAUCUCUGGGCUCGAGUAGUGACCACAGACAGUCCCCGCUCUCUGAUUAUAUGAGCGUUGACUUGGAUGUACAGUCGCCAAAAGUAGCGAAAGAACUUUCCAACUCUUUAACGGAUAUUUCAAUUUAUGCAAGCUCCAGUAUUCCUAGAAACCAACCAAAUCCUGACUAUGCUAGGCUCUCCUUUGGUACCGCCUGUGUUAGCGCUGCAAGUAACAGGACUGACGAUUACACGGAGAUGACGUUCAACAUGGCAGCGACGCCACCGCGGCCGUUUGCCUCCGAAUCUGACGACGGAGUAAAGAUUGAUAGUCCUUCUUCCAUAGUUAACAGACUGUGCAUUGUCGAUCGAUACGCUGGUAGCAGUAGCUUCUCUGUUCCUAGCUCCGAUCCUCCCGUGGGACCGAAGGUGAUCCGAGCCGAUCCCCAAGGCAGGAGGAGACACAGUUCUGAAACAUUCUCUUCUGCUGGGACUGUGACGACUUCCUCCUCUUUCUUUACUGAUAGUAGCAAAAGACACAGCUCUGCCUCAUUUGACAAUGUUUGGUUGAAACCAGAUGAAAACAUUUCUGAUGGUCAGGAAAGCAAAAUGUCCAGGGAUACCUCAACUGGAUUUCAGAAUGGCUUAAACUACAUUGCUCUGAAUUUACGCGAUGAUCCUAUAAGCUGUGAGGCAAGUACUGCAACGCCAACUUGCCAUCUCCAAAAUGGUACUUCGAGUUUGGACAGUGGAGCUUACGUAAGCAUAGAUUUCACCAGGUCCGAUGGUCUGAAGUGUAACGCUGCACGAAAAGACUGACUGCAUUGCCAUGGAAACCAUUGUUGGAAGAGAAGACUCUUCUGCUGGUAACUCCAGAAACUGUGUGGUGCUUUUGGAAGCAAAGCUCAGCUCCAGCCGGCUACUUUCAUUUCCACCAGCACGGACAUGGACACACAUCCUUUUAAUUAGUUUUUCAUAGACAUCAGCUCUCUACAGUUGAAUUAAUUUGAAUUGAGAUUUUUCAUAGCUGUGCUUUGGUGAUGGAAUUUGGUCUUUCCUGUCAUAUCUAUUUGGGAGGCAGCGUGAAUGCUAAUAGGAGAUUCCUGUAUGCCCCUUUCUUCCUCCUGCCUCUCCCAUUAAUUAGUUUUUAUUUAUAUUCUGAGAAGUCAAAGCUGGUUUCCGAUUGUCUGUUUAACAUGGGUUUUGCUUCUCUGGUACAUUAACAAGUGAUUAGCUUAAAACAUGUGUUGUUUAGAAAUAUUUUGGCAGUUCAGGCUAUUUUUUUUCAGGUGGCUGGGCGGAAGGAGGGAGGGAGAGGUGCACAUGAGCUUGAGGGGAGAACCCGUGGGACUGAACUGGUCUGAAAAGGAGAGACCUCUUCUGCCUUUUUUUUUUUUUUUUUUUUUUUUUUUUUAAAUAAUGUUUUGCUUUCAUGGUACAAGAGGUAUUUCUUGAUCAUAGGCUAGAGUAUUUUUAAAUCAAGUGUCUAUGUCAGAGCUUAAAAUGAUAUUUUUUUUUUGCUCAGAAUUCUGGUAUGUACAAAGUAGGAUUAAUGGGCUGGUUGUCUUGUAGAUUGUUUUUGUUCUUACCCUCAAGAUACUUGUUUAUAAAUAUGAAUUGUUUAAAAUGUGGUUUUUGUUCAUGCAUUCAAAUGGAGAAGUGCAGAGUCGUAUCCAGCAUUUGUGACUUCUGCAUUAUAUUUGUCAGCUGUAGCUUUUUAAAGAGAAACCACCCUAAUUGAUCUUACUUUCAACCAAGUCCCGUUUUAAUUUGAGACUAUUUUUGUUCUUUCUUCGUGGCAUAAUGGGAAGAAGUAAAAUACUGGCUCAUCAGUUGUCCUUAUCCUGGUUAAAGAAGUGCGAACAAUGAUGAUUUGACAUUUUUAAAAUAAAUUGCAGAAAAAUCAGGGCUUUACUCUUGUACUGAUUUUUUUUUUUUUUGGUUGAAAUGAGUUUAGGCUUUUUAACACUGCUACAAACUUAAAGAGCAUGACACUAGUUGUUGGUACAUGCAAUGUAUAAUAAAAGGCACUGACGAUUGAUAAAGGAUUUAGAAGUGGUACACAAAUCCUCAUGCUGUACUGCACCACACAGCUGGUAAUCCUCUACAUUGUAUAUUGUACAACUGAUUUGUUGGGCUGCCUCACCUCUAACAUACAACCUUGAAAAUACUAGUACAGUUUUGAUUGUUAGGUGAUGUGUACCCAAAUCUAUUUUGAGUAGUAUUGUACAUGUCACUAAAAACAUGAAGACUUCUUUUUGACACAUGGUACCAAUCAGUUUACACAGUGUCUAGUGACAGGAAAAACUGUUGCUAGAGGAUUUAAAAGCACAGACCUGUUUUUGAUUCUGGAAGAGAAGUUCAAGUUGGUACAGUUCCUUGUUGCUGCUAAACAUUAAUUAAAAAUAUGACCACUUUUCUAGACCAUGAUACUGUCUCACCAUAUAGCUUUCGUUUGGUCUCGUAAAUUAAUAAUGCAAUAUGUAGACAGCUUUUUAUAAAGCUUUACAUCUUUUUUAGGAAAUCAAAAUUUGGAUGAAGGUAGUUCUAAACCUUUAACGUGAAAGGAAAAGGUUGUUUUGAAGAAAAUAAUGAUCUUACACACUUAUUUCAUAUUAGAUCCCUGAGGCUGCCAUUGUACAAUAUACAGCACUGAUUUAAUAAAUGCUGAAUAAAUAAUUAAAUGGGUAACCUCAAGUAGAGUGGUACAAAUACUAACAGGUACGGCAUAAUAAAUAUGCAAUCUUUUUGAAUCUCUUAGUUUACAGCAACUAAUUUAUUCAGUAUUGUGCUGGAAGAACAUUUUCAGAAUAUGUAAAACAUAUCACUAUAUAUACUACCUUCCAGCUACCCGUUUAUGCUGCUGUAUAGUACAAAAAUACCAAUGAUGGAACAAUGUUUGUCCUGUAAAUUUAAUUUGAUAUUGGACAGUUAUUGUCUGUACAAACUAAAACAUAUAUGGUUGAAACUGUUCAUUAUAUUUGCUAUUUCUGCUUCACAGAUCUGUUUUAAAGUUGAGCUGAUUGAUCUGGCUUUGUCUUCCAUUGUAAAUAUUGUUAUGUUGUUUUCUUUGUAAAACACAUCGCGUUUGCGGUUUUGGGAGACUGGCUUGAAGCUCUGUAUAGUGUUUAUAUUUAUCUGACUUGGCUUUCCAUAGAGCUACUUGCAGUAAAUACGUGUUCAUGUA